AUGGAUAAAACAAGCUUGAGUGGUUUGGAUAAUUUUUAUCUACAAGUUGAAAAAGCAUGGAAGCUAAAGACGCUUUCGAGUGUGUGGAUCUUUGAUGAACGGCUCGAUUCUGGAUUGGUGCACCAAACACUCGACUGGCUUUGCGAUACAUACCCACAAUAUGCUUCUGUACCAGCACAUGGUUCCAUGUUCCAUACAGCUUCAUGGACACGGCCUAUCGGAUGGCAACCCAAGAUGAAUGUUGAGCAUUAUCGUCUAAAGACACCUACGCGUGAAGCACUUGAGGAAUACAUUGCCGACAAGAUUGCACGCCCUUUUAUCUAUUCAAAGCCAUUAUGGGAACUACACGCCAUUUCAGGAUUGGAAGACGAACGUAUCGCAUUCUUGUGGAAAGCGCAUUGUUGUCUUGGUGAUGUACAACAUGUGCUUGACCAACUUCUUCAAAAUAACAGCAGCAGCAAACAACAACGACAAAGCAACAACAGCACCCUGCCAUUUUCAGGAUCAUCAUCUUCUUCUCCCUUGAUAUCCCUACCGAUCCCAAAUCAUUUAUGGGCAUUGUUUCCUUUCUGGUUACAAGGUGUCACCAUGAACAUUUGGCAUGUUUUGUGCUGGGUGUACCGCUUAUGGAUCACCGCGGUGCAUGACAUGUGGAUCCUUUUAUAUUGUUUGUUUACGCCGCGGUCCAUACAUCGUGAUUUCUAUUACAAGGGACAACAAACGGCAAGUAAACAAGUGGCAUGGUCAAGCAGCAUACGUUACAAGGAUAUAAGAACGGUCAAUUAUUUCCUGAGUGGAGAAAGGACAUCCUCAUCCGCCAUGGACAUCAUCAUCAUGGUGAUUUCACGAUGCAUCAAAGGGUAUCUGGAUGAUUUGAAUAUUCGACACGAUGAUUAUCUUCGAUUGUUUGUUCCUAUGGAUGUAACAACAUCGCAUCAUAAAAGCAAAUCACGCGUAUCGGGCACCAGUGGAUCAUGGGGUUGGUUUUCUAUCAAGGAUGACCUAUCAACCCAUCAGCAACUACAACAAAUCCGAUCUCAAAUGGAAGCCUUGCAGUCUUCGCCAUUAUCGUUUCAAAAUGUCCUUGUGCAUCUUUUAAAGUACCUCCCCGGUUUCUUAUUGCCUUUUCAAUCAACCCUUGAGCGUAUGUCUGAUAUUCCUCAUGGUAUCAUUGUGGAUUAUGUGGAUACAACAGCGGUGGAUGCAAAAGGUAAACCUUCAAGUCCACUCGAGUUUGGCGGCAAUGUUAUCAGUGAGCUGCGUAUGAUUCCUCCACAAUUAGGCAAAGGCAGUCUAGCGAUUGGCCUAAGUUGUUUCCAAGGCAAUGUCAGCAUUGCUGUACUCGCUGAUAAUAAUCCACGUUACCCACGACUCUCCCACAGCAUCUGUGAACGCUUUCCACAUGAAUUCCAACAACUUAUGCGUCAAGUUAGCAUGACAGCAAGUAGACCCACAUCCUCGUUUGGAUCUCACGAAGAGUAA